CAAACAACGUUCAACUUGAAAUUCAACGGAUAGACCGCGAUACGGUGCCAAAAUUCAUACAAUAAAUUGCAGACGAUAAAAUAAUAAGGUAGAAGAAGAAGAAUUAAAAGACUAAAGCGACAAACUUGAACUUGGCGUUAAGAUCGUGCGUGAACAUCAAACCCACCAACUAAACUUCGGCAAACGAUAUCAAUUUUGUUGUUGUUGUAUGAUAGUAUGUGUGUGACAUACAUUUUAUAGUAGAAAAAGUGUAAAAAUAGUAGUUAAAGUGUAUUAACAUCAUCAGAAAGAGGCUGACACAAAUAACUAAAGUUUGUUUAGGCUAAACCUUUAACUAGUUGACAUUCGGCGAUGAUAAGACCAUGACCGAGAAGAUCGUCAUACACCAAUGCCCGAGCUAAAGUAAGCGCAAAGCGAGUAAAUUUUUUUUUUUUUGAAAAAUGCUAUAUGACCAAUUGAGUGUUAAAAAAGCGUCUAGCUCAUAGAAUUAACUGGGCAAAUUGACAAAAGAGUUUUGCUCUCAAACUCAACAACAAACCAAAAGUGGAAAUGAGGCGUUUGGUAUUGCUAUGACCAUAAACUAAUUGUUGGUUGGUGAUUUGGAUUCUUUGUUUAUGACAGACAUUCGUCAUAUAAACGUAAAUUUGUCAAGUGUUUGGUUUUUGGUAAACCAAGUCUGAUCAUCGCAUAGCCCACCAUUCUGCCAGACACUUUCAACCCUCCAUGUCAUAGCUGGUAACUCAAACGCUGUCAAAAGUGCAUGAAAAUUUAAUAUUUUUCUACUUGCUUUUCGGUUUGGUUUUAUGAUAAGUGUUUGAAGCUGUCAAGUCGAAAAUAAUCCACACAAGAAUAUUAUAGGAGUCAUAACACUUUACACCUCACCCCUUCUUUUACAUUAAAAUGUUUCGCAAACCUUGUGGCAGCAAUGGCCCCUCAUUAGCGGUUGUAACCUUUGCUUUAGCUGGCUGCAUUUUGCUCAGCUGCUGCUUUCAAGAAUCAUCAGCCAUCGCCAUAGCCCCAUCAACUUUUGGCACCGCCAUUGCCAGAGCAGGCAAAAUUUCAAAUACCCUAAAGGAAACCACAGCAUGGAAAACACUGACAUCACAUCCGAACUCAUUGGUUCAACUUCUACCAUCGCGGGCAAUGCGUGUGGUUCAAGAAGUUGUAAGGUCGUUUCGUAAAGACACCCAUGUUGUGGUAACAACAUCUGCUGGAAAAAUUCGAGGACGUUUUCAGAAAUUCCGUUCAGGUGAACGUGGAGGUUACUAUAGCUUCAAGGGAAUACGCUAUGGCCAAGCACCGGUGGGUGAAAGAAGAUUCCGAGCUGCAGAACCCGAAAGAAAUUGGUCAGGUAUACGAGAUGCAUCCCGGGAAGGAAACAGUUGUCCUCACAAGAACAUGAUUCUUGAUACAUACAAGGGCAAUGAGGAUUGUUUAUUCUUGAAUGUGUUCACUGUCAAAAUGCCCAAAGGAGAUUACAAUCCUGAUUUACCGGUUAUGGUAUGGCUUCAUGGCGGUGGUUACUCCUUUGGUUCUGGCAAUACAUUCCUCUAUGGACCAGAUUAUUUGGUAGCCGAAAACAUUGUUCUAGUCACCUUGAAUUAUCGUUUAGGUCCCUUGGGUUUCCUAACUGCUGGCCCCGAUGCCCCCGGCAAUCAGGGUCUGAAAGAUCAAAUUUUAGCCCUCAAAUGGGUACGCAAUAAUAUUGCAGCCUUUGGCGGUGAUCCCAAUCAUGUCACUAUAUUUGGAGAAUCUGCGGGUGGAUCAUCAGUGCAAAUGUUAUUAUUGGCUCCAAUGGCGAAGGGCCUAUUUCAUCGAGCAAUUUCCGAAAGUGGCUCUGCCUUAAAUCCCUGGGCUAUGGGUGAAAGUUCAGUAGCCAGAGCUGCUAGAUUAGCGGCAAAUUUGGGCUAUGUUGGUGCUAAUGAUACCAAGGAGAUUUUAGAGUUCCUAAGAAGAGUUCCAGCCAUGAAAUUGGUAGAGGCUUCUCCCACAACUCUUACCGAAGAAGAUUUCAGAAACAACAUUGGCUUGCCUUUUGUUCCCGUCGUAGAAGGCUAUUGGAAUAAGCCAGGAGAGGAAGCGGUGUAUUAUGAAACUCCCUUUAUCACCGAAAGUCCUCAGAGCAUGUAUGAACAACACAAGUUCCAUAAAAAUAUACCCUAUAUGACAGGCUAUAAUACACAUGAGGCCAUGUUAUUUAUAAGACGUUUACGUAAAAAUCCCAAAUUAUUGGAAAUCAUUGAAAAUGAUUUCACAAGAUUAGUGCCAAGAGAUCUCAAUGUCACUGAUGAGAGGGAGCGAGUAACUCGUGAGAUUCGCCAAUUUUAUUUGGGCAACAAACAAGUGGGCAUUGAGUCGGUGGAUGAAAUGAUUGCGUUACUCACCGAUCUGAUGUUUGUCCAUGGCAUUAUGCGUACUGUACGAAAUCAUGCCAAAUAUAGUAACAUGCCAGUCUAUAUGUAUCGAUUCUCAUUUGAUGGUGCUUUGGGUUUAUAUAAACGCAUGUUGGGUCUACAACGACCUGGAGUAUGCCAUGGUGAUGAAUUGGGGUAUUUGUUCAAAUUUGGUUUCUUCAACUUGAGUCUGGAUCCCAAAUCUAUGGAAGUGCUAGUCAAAAAUCGUAUGGUUCGAAUGUGGACGAAUUUUGCUAAAUAUGGUAAUCCCACACCAUCCAAUUUAAAUGAUGAUUUACUUACCACAUCUUGGUUGCCGGUAAACGGCGAGGGAGCUAUGAAUAACCUUACCUACAUGGACAUAACCACACAUCUGCAAAUGAAAAAUAAUCCUGAAUUGGAAAGACAACAGUUUUGGGAUUAUAUGUAUGAACAUUAUAAUGGCAAUGCCAUGUAGAAACAUAGUGCUAAUCACCCUUGUACGAAACCACAAACAUUUAAAUCAAUUUUAAACUCCAUAUACAUCCAUGAGCACUAUACACAAAUCCUUUUGUAAACGUUAGUUCACCUAUCAUUUGCCAUCCAUAAAUAUACGAGGAAUAUACACAAAAAAUUAAAAAUUAAUUAAUGUUUUCACAAAGCAAAAAUUAAAAUAAUCCUAAAGUAGUUAAUUAGUUAGUCUUUAGUUAAUAUAAAAAUACGAGCAUAAACUAAUAUGUUAUACGAUAUCUAGUUUUGUUUCCUUGGAAUUUUUUAUGGAAAAGCUAAACAAAAGCAAGCAUUUAAUAAGUUAUUUUUUUAAAAAAUCAUAAAUCAUUUUAUGUGUAAAUAGUCAACACCUACUAUUUUUAUUGUAUACAAUUUAAUUUUUUUAUUGUCA